GUCCCAUCAGCAGCAUACUGGUCAACACGUAUGGCUGCAGGCCCAUCGUCAUGUUGGGGGGGUGCCUUACUUCCAUUGGCCUGAUCUCAGCCUCCUUCUGCAACAGCGUGGUGCAGCUCUACAUCUGCAUCGGAGUUAUCGGUGGACUCGGACUAGCCUUCAACCUGCAGCCGGCUCUGACCAUGAUCGGAAAAUACUUCUUGAAGAAUCGCCCCAUUGCCAACGGGCUGGCAAUGACGGGCAGUCCGGUGUUCCUUAGCACCCUGGCUCCUCUCAACCAGUACCUCUUCAACCAGUUUGGCUGGAGGGGCAGCUUCCUGAUCCUGGGGGGGCUGGUGUUGAACUGCUGUGUGGCCGGCUCCCUCAUGAGGCCUCUCGGACCGCCGCCCGGCAAGAUCAAGAAGAGCGAAGAGAUCGCCAUCACCACCACAACAAAAGAGAAGCGGACCGCCUGGGAAACGGUCAACAAGUACCUGGACCUGUCACUCUUCAAGCACCGUGGCUUCCUCAUCUACCUGUCAGGAAACAUCAUCAUGUUCCUGGGCUUCUUCGCACCCAUUGUAUUCCUCACGGCCUUCGCUAAGGACAUGGGCGUGGACGAGUACUCGGCUGCCUUCCUGCUCUCAAUUCUGGCUUUUGUGGACAUGUUUGCCCGGCCUUCCAUGGGGCUGCUGGCCAACUCUCGCUGGGUCCGGCCCAGGAUCCAGUACUUCUUCAGCUUUGCUGUGCUGUUCAAUGGGGUCUGCCACAUCCUCUGCCCCCUGGUGGAGAGCUACACCGGCCUGGUGGUGUAUGCCAUGUUCUUCGGCUUUGCUUUUGGCAUGGUCAGUUCAGUGCUGUUUGAAACACUCAUGGACCUGGUGGGGCCUCAGCGGUUCUCCAGUGCUGUGGGACUCACCACCAUCAUGGAGUGCUGCCCAGUCCUCAUUGGUCCCCCUCUAGCAGGGAAACUGGUGGAUGUCACUAAAAACUACAAGUACAUGUAUUUUUGCUGCGGGGUGGUGGUGAUUUUGGCCAGUGUUUGGCUCUUCAUUGGGAACUUCAUUAACUACAGACUCUUGGACCGUGAGCGGAAGGCAGCAGAGAUGUACAAACGGACUGAGACGGAAGAUCCGGACAAAGCUCCGGGUCAGAAGGAGGCUGACAGGGAAGCCCAGAAUGAGAAGAAGGGCGAUGAACCUAUGCAGCAGGAAACCAACAUCUAAACCCUUCUGCUCUGCCAACAGUUACCUCACCUCCGUGACGUCCUCACCCUCCACUACGAUCAAACUGAGCUCCCAGCCAGGAGGGGCCUCUGUGUUCCACCUGGCUCUAUUCGGGGUCCUCUGCACUUCUAGAACUAACUGCCAAACAACAACAACUGUGUUGUAGGAGGCUGUGAGACGUUAUAUAUGUUUGUCAAGGAGCAAUAGCUGUGACUAUAAGAUAAAUAUUAACCACACAGAAACGUGUAACCUAGUAGCAGUUACAGUCAGGAUGUAUGAUUAUAGUGUCUGUGGGAACUCUGAAAUUGUGUCAACUGCGAGCUAACAUAGCAAAUAAUGGCAGAUAAUUAUGAGAAAAUGUAACUCGUAGUCAGACAAUCGACUCUGCUUCAGAGCAGUUUGGUCUGCUACAGUUUGUGUAUGGUUAUUUUAAGGUAUCUCCAUAUGUCCCUAAUCAAAUGUUCUGAGCUGUAGCCACAGCCGCCAUUCCUUCUUCCCACUGUUCCUUCCGAUAUCACGUGAAUGCAGCGUCACCAUCCAACUGAAUCAAAAUGAGAUCCGUUUUCUUCUUAACAUGCUGAGAUCUUGAUUAACAAGAAAAAGGUUAAAUAAAUCAAAACAGUGAACAGGAAUUACUAACUGCAUUCACACUGCAGGUGACUUGGUUUUGACCAUUUUUGUCAAAUUGUGGACGGUUAGAGGCACGGAUUGUACACACAGGUAAUGGAGAUCAGACUGACAUCACAGUAAAAUGUAAAGAACUGUAUUUCAAAAUGAAUGAAAUAAUGAAUACGGCCUUUCUCUAAGCAUCAACCGUGGGGGGCCGUAGGGGCCCCGCUGAUUGUGCUUGUUUGUUCAGCUCCUUAGGAGGUCUGAUCUCCUCAUGACUUUAGUUACGUAUCUCGCAGUGUGAAUGCAGCGCUGGCAAACCCAGCGCACCAGAAAUGAUUGAUCUAUCUCGUAAAAUGUGUUCAGAACUAUAAUUGCACUGUGUUUAAAAUGGCAGUUGGGUGCUGUAAAAUGUGCACUUCCAAAAAAGAACAGCAGAUGUAUUCUGCUGCCCACCUGAUCACCGUAUUGUAGCGCAGUGAGACCUGCACAGUAACCCACUUUAAUACUUUAUAUAGAGCUUCCUUUGAGUCAUCUAGUGUUCCAUGCUGACUUGUAUACAUGUAGAGAAAAAGCCAUACUUCACCCUAAACAACUUUAUUAAAAUGCUGCAUCUAUAUAAAUCUAAUUACGGUUGAAUGUAAUUUCCUCUGUGGGCCUUACCAAGGUGUUAAUGACCAAAAAACAUCUGCAUUAGUGGUUUCCCUUCACAUAGAGCCCAUGAGCAAUAUCAUUUCCCAUGUUUUACAUGCAGGCAUAAAGGGAAAUAAAAUGAUGUGGUCAGCGUGAGUCCAUUCUGAUGCAUUGUCUUAAAUGCAAUGUAAAGAAUGCGGGGGGGGGGGGGGGGGGUUGUACAGUGAACACUAUACGAAGCUGAUAAAUCUGUGUUAAAUGUGACUGUUUUUUGACUGUGAUUAACUUUAAUACUCACAUGAAAUCAGUGUAGUCCACUCCAUUUGGCUCCUCACAUGUCUAAGUGUUGAUGUCCAUACGCUAGAGAUAAUGUAACUUUCUGUGACUAAUUCACACACACACACACACACCAUGUGUAACCAUGUGGAGGAGAGCUACUGAUGCCACUAAUAACUGAAUGCUUAAUGGAUCUGUGUUGUCAAUCGUAUUGUGUGCAGAUGAAUGUACUGGAUGAGCAUAUCCUGUUGCUAUGAAUGUCACAUAUUCUAUCAUUCCACGUGUCUCCUAAAUGUCAUCCUGCUGUUGUUCAGUUUUCAUCAUCAGCUGUGGUCUCAGACGCAGACCACAUGGGGUCUCAGAUGUCCUCACAAAGCCAAACACAUUUAAAUAACAAAUGUAAUUUUCAAAGCAAUGAUGAACAAACAUGUUAUUGUCCCUCUUCUCUAUGCUGUGAAAAGAUGUGUAUCCAGAAUAAUGAAAAUGGAUGUCCAGCUGUGUUACCAUGUGCUGUGUUCACCUGAGUCUGACUGAGGAUCAGCUGUUUGUCAGGCUGGGUACUCAGGGUAUCAGGGAGACAUCGUUUGAGAAUAUCUGUCAUUUAUUGUAAAUAAGAUGGUUGUGAAAGAUUUGCACACGUUUGUUCUCAGUUGAACAAAGUAGUUGACUUCUAUGAGCUUGCUUUGAACUGGAAUGAGUUUUCCAGUCUUGUUUCUGACUGUUGCUCCAGCAACUUGUGGGCCAACCACAGCUCUCCUCUGUUAGCUUAGCUAUUCAGAAUCAGCGUCCCAUAAUGCACCUGCAGUUCACCUGCAUUUCAUACCGAUAUUAGACAGUAUUUUUAUAUUGCCAUAUCUUUACCUUCCUUAGCUUUAGUUAUUAAUAACAUGAAUAACACGUUAUGAAUGUUAACAUGUAUGCUUCAUUAGUGUAAAGAGGGACUACUUUACUUCACAGACUCACUGUACAGGGUGCCUCUCACUGAGGCUCUCUACUGAGCAACACUGCCCCCUGCUGGGUCCAAACCACACAGACCAAAGGAAGAGAGGCUUCCUUUCCAACAGUACACACUCACAUGAUGAGGGUCCACUGUGUUUUUGCUAUUUAUAUGUUGAGGUAUACAAAUGGAACAAAACACCACCUUGUAACGGUUUGAUGAAAUUAAAGCGUUUACCAUUACAUUUCAACUCUCUCCAUUUAUUUCCAUACGUUCCACACAUUAUCUUACUGUUUUAUUUGAAUAUGAUAUAAGCCAUAACGGUUGAGAACCGUCACUGCAUACAGAAAAUAACCCAUGUUUGAAAUGAUGGUGUUCUCCUCCCUUUACCUGACGUAUUCUGUUUACACCACAUUUCUCUGUGUUCUGGUAUUUAUUUGAAGAACUAAAGAAAAUGCUAAUAAUGAUUUCAUCCAAAUACAUUUGAGUGAUUGAGUUGACAUGCACAGAGAACCUUAUCAGUUAUAAUCCAUAUAGCAUUUACUGGUUUAUUUUGGGUUUCUUUCUUUUCAUGUCAAUUUAAAAAAAAGUUUAUCUUGAGAUUUGCUUAAGACCUCUUGGAUUAAACGUGCACAUAAGUGUUUAAAAAAAGGAAAUGUUGCUUGAGGGUUCUGAAGUGUCAGCUGUAGGAAAUGCCCCGGCUGUUAUAGUUUAUUCCCCCUUGUGUAUGGAAGCAAUAAGCAGAAUGUAAAGGUUCAGAAAAUGAAAUGGAUGUUACGUACUGUUGGACUCCAUGCUAUCACAGUGUUUAAACACUCAUACGAGGCAGAGAGUAAAGGACACUUCACUUCACUCUUUGAUUUGACUGCAUUAUGUGUAGUGGGCCUGAAGGUAAUGCAAUGGAAAAAAAUAGUUUAGAUAAGAAAAUGUGCUUCUGAUUUUGAUUCCAGGCUUUCUUAAUUCAAAACUCCAUUUGGAAAUCCCUCAUUUUAAAGUAGCUGUACUCUGCCCCCGAGCCAAUGGGAUCAUCUCUGCCUCCAAUAAGUGUUUUAUAUCCGAACAACAUCUGCAAAGCUAAACCUUGGACACACUACCUUCCAUACAGAUAUGAGAUGUGGGGUUGAUCCAUGUGUAGAUGUAGGAGGCUGGAGGACUGUUGAUGACAUCUCUGUGCCUUAUUGACCAUUAACAGUACAAUGGUGUUGUGUUGCAAACACUACAUUUAGGUUAAGUUGUGUCCUUCCUUCCUACUUAUUGUCGGUUUAAAGUCUUCCCUCCUCUGACAUAAAGUUCACUGCGCUCAAUCUUCACGUCGUAUUACAGUUUUUCUCGAUUGCUAACACACAUUUUUUUUUAAAUUGCUCAGUUUCUCAGAACACUA